AUGGGCGCCAUGCAGGAUGGAUCUCCCACGCUCACGGGGCUGCUGCGGACCAGCAACGCACUGCUGCACUCCGUGUGGUCCCUGCAGCAUCGGCUGGCCAGCAGCGAAUUCUCGCAAUACCAGCGACUCGUGGCGGCCUUUCCUGAGUUCUGCACAAAGCUUCAGAAGCGCUUCCUGGAGCACCCUGUCACGGAGAUGAAGCUCGAUAAGCCCAAUGAGCAAGAGGCGCUGGCGGCAAUCAAGGGUGCCGCGCGGGAGCUGGUGGUGGUGCUGCAGCCAGAGUGCCUGAAGUUCCAGUCACGCGCGGAGCGGCUGCUGGCGGACCUGCAUUCGCUCAUGAUGCCGCUCACUCUGGGCGGCGCGCCGCUGCUGGUGCGGGAGUACAUGCGGGUGUUUGCCGGCGCGUGCCGGCUCGUGCUGCUGCUGAAGAGCGUGCCCCGCAAGGACGUCGUCCAGCUGUACACGAUCGCCUGCCACGAGCUCGUCGGCCGCGACCCCCCCGGCCGGCGCGCGCUGUGCUCGUUCCUGGCCGCCUGCGAUGCGCCGGUGUCGCUGCUGCAGCAUCGCUUCCUCUGCGUCAGCCAGCGCGUCUGCCAGAUCCUGGAGCUUGUCGUGGUCCCGGUGCUCAACAACAUCGGAAGCGCCGACAUCCUCGCGUCUUCCGAGAUCCUCGACACCUUUGCGCUCGACCGACCCCACACCAUGGGCAUCCGGGGGUUCACCCUGGAGCGCUCCUACCAGAUGCUGCAGGACGCAGACGAGUACCGCUCCUGGGCACUCCUCGGCUUCCUCGCCUGCCCCGCCGCCCUCGCCGGCCACGGCGCGCGGCGCGCGCUCGCGGGCCUGCUGUCCGAGGCGCUCGUGAUGCACGUGUACGAGGACGCGGUCGAGCCGCUGCACCCGCUGUUCGAGGCGCACGUGCGGCCCGGGCUAGAGAAGGUGGUGGAGGUGAUCAAGGACCACGGCGCGGACCGCAGCGCCCGCGAGGGCGACAAGGCGGCGGCGAAGUCGCUGGUGGAGGACGCCUGGCGCGCGGCCGCGGCGGGAGCGGCGCGGGAGCACGCGCUGCGGCGGCUGUACGUCUGCCGGCAGCUGCAGGACAUGGCGGACGAGAUGGAGGAGGUGCCGUGCCUGCUGCCGCGCCGCAUGCCGGCGCUGCUGGCGGCCAUGGCGUAUGCCAAGGCCGAGCUGCUGUGGUACUUCAGGCACACGGGCGAGCCCAUGGCGGCGGGGCCGCCCAAGGGCCCGCUGGGCGGCCAGCCGACAGUCACCGUGCCGAGCGACGUGCGGGUGGUCCAGCUAAUGGCGGCGAUGGCGCGGUUGCAGCAGCUGCUGGUGCGGUACAGCGGAGCGACGCGGAUGUUCGUGCAGCAGCGCAUGCGCGCCGCGCUGCUGCAGCAGCUGGUGGCGGGCACGCGCGCGAUAUCGGCGGCGGCCGCCGCGCAGCUGCAGGCCGCGCAGCGGGGCGUGCGGGAGGCGCCGCGGCCGGGGGACGCGGGGGCGGCGGCGGCGCUCAAGGUGGCGAUGCAGAUGGCGGACAUAGCGGACACAUUGCAGUUCAUUUGCACCCAGGCGGCAGCGGUCUGCGGCGCGGUCGAGGGCGAGGAGGACGCCAGCCACUCGGCUGCGGCGUCAGACGCGUCCGGCUCAGCCGCCGACCCGGGUGCCGCCAGCGGGAGCGGCGGCGGCGGCGGCGGCGGCGCCCCGGAGCGGCCGUCGCGGCCCGGCCGCACAUCAGACGCCGCGGCCGCCGCGCUCGCGUGGCUGGCGGUGUGCGUGCGGCUGUGCUCCACCCACAGCCCUCUCAGGACGGCGCAGCUGGAGCUGCCAGCAAAGGACCCUCAAUACGUGAUGGCCAUCAACGAGGUGCGGGGUUCGUCGGCGCUGAUCCCUCUUGUUUGA